UAACCCGGAAGUUAUCUGACGUUGCAUCAGGCAAUAACAUGCUCCUGGUUGGUGGAACACCACGCCGUAGUUUCUGUUGAGCUUGAUUCUAUGAGUUUGUUUGGAUUUCUUGCUGCGGGGUUGAUUAAAUUCGGAGGAUCCCACAAUUCAGCGGUGGCUCGUCGACUCGAACCCGAAAUGUGUAAAGUACCGAAGACCAAACUGCUCCGUUUGUUGCCGCCGACCUCCACCGGGCCGGUGGUUCAUCAGGAGACCCACACAGAUGAUUCGGAAAUCCUGAGCUGCACAGUGAAGGCUCUGAAAGAUGGUCACAUUGUCGCAGUGCCCACAGACACUAUCUACGGCCUGGCGUGUUUGGCCCAAAACACUGAGGCUGUCAAAAACAUCUACGGAGUGAAAGAACGGAACGGACAGAAGCCGCUGGCGAUUUGUGUUGGAGAAAUUCAGGAUAUCUUUCAGUACUGUAAGGUGAAGGUGAAGGAGGAGCUUCUGCAUGAUCUCCUGCCUGGUCCUGUCACUCUAGUGUUUGAAAGGUCUGAAGAGCUGAAUACAAAUCUCAAUCCAUUUACAUCACUUGUAGGCGUUCGUAUCCCCGAUCAUGCCUUUAUGAGGCGCCUCUGCCAGAUGUGUGGGGAACCACUGGCACUGACCAGCGCCAACAUCAGCUCGCACACCAGCACGGUGGAAGUACAUGAGUUUCAGGAGCUCUGGUCAAAACUAGCCGUGGUGGUGGAUGGAGGACCGAUAGGAGACGAGACACGGCAGGGGUCAACGGUGAUUGACCUGUCCGUACUUGGUAAAUACCAGGUCAUCAGACCAGGCUGUGCCCUUUCUGCCACGCUCGACAUGUUGGAGCACAAAUAUGGAAUGUCAGAGGACUCGGGGGAGGAAUGACCUUUAAACCCCACGCACUCCAAACGCACGCUAAGACGCACAACCAGUUCUGGCCCGAAGACACUCAGGAAAGCAAGAAUAUGAGAACUGGACAUUCCAGUAAAAAAGAAUAUAACUCUACGGCCACAGGUGGCGGCUUUCUUCUCAAACUGAGAGUUGCUUUUUCUUUUUGAGAUUACAUUUUGCUUUCGGUUAACCGUUAGUCAUGGGGUGGAGGAGUGUUUCACGAUGUAUCAGUUCAGUUUAUUCAGAAAGAGACUAAAUAAGGUCAGUUGAAUGUUUAGUAAUAUUUUCUCUUUAAAUCUUUCUGUGCUUAGCAGUCAUUUUUACUGUAUGCCUAAGAUAUCCUUUAUAACACCAUGAAAGGAAUAUACUUAUAAAUAUACUGUAUGUUGUUUUAAUACAGCACAUUAAUUUCAAUAAUUUAUAGGAUGCUGCCCUGUUUUUUUUUUUUUUAUUGUUCCCUUUGUUCUGCCAUUUGCCUACUUGCAUCUUAAACUGGAGUUGCUGGUUUUUUUUUUAUCUUAAUUUCUUGAUGCAGCUCUGUUUAAUAAAUUAUUAUAAUAAAAGUUUUAUUCAAUUUUUAA